UCGGCGAGGUAUGUGUCUAGACACCGGAGUUUCGAUUAAAUAAAAAAAGAUACUUACAGAAACCAAACACCUGAGCGUUUUCUUUUCCCGCCGGCUGCUAUUUACCAACGGUCGUUUCUCGCGCCAUCAGCUGUUUGAAUUGCCGCCUCACGCAGGAUUGCAGCGCCCUGCUCUUCGUAAACAUUCGUGAAUGGAAAGCGAUUGCAGAGCAGACAUACAUCUUGUCAAGCGUUUCUCGAAUCCUCUGCGGUUUUGUGAUCGAUUCGCUGGAUCCUCUUGCAUCCUUUGAGGGAAGAUGGAGACCUUCUUCGCAGAGGGUUCUCGAGUGUGGGUGAAUCAUAAAGAUCAGCUGGUUCCGUCUACAGUGAACUCUUGUGGAGAUGGAACCCUGGUGCUCACCACCGAUUACGGGGAGGCGGUGUACCUGCAGCAGGCGGAGGUGAACAGGGAGAAGGUGUCCCCCAUGCACCAGAGCAGCAUUGAUGGAGUGGAGGACAUGUCCACCCUGGCAGAGCUCCAUGAGGCCGCCAUCAUGCACAACCUUCAUCAGCGAUACCAGAAAGACAACAUCUAUACUAACAUAGGUUCUAUCCUGGCGGCCGUGAAUCCUUAUAAGCAGAUCAAAGGACUGUAUGAUCUCUCCGCAGUGGAGCUGUACAGCCAGCAUCAUUUGGGCGAGCUGCCGCCACAUAUCUUUGCUAUUGCCAAUGAGUGCUACCGCUGCUUAUGGAAGAGACAUGAUAGCCAAUGUGUGCUAAUAAGUGGUGAAAGUGGAGCUGGGAAAACAGAGAGCACCAAACUACUGCUACAGUUCCUGUCUGUCAUGAGCCAAAACUCUGCCGGGACGCCGCCUACGGAGAAGAUUACAUGCGUGGAGCAAGCCAUCGUACAGAAUUUGCUUGAAAAGAAUCGAGUGGUAAGGCAGAAUCCAGGGGAGAGAAACUACCAUAUCUUUUAUGCUUUGCUGGCCGGGGCAAGCAAAAGCCAAAAGGAGACAUAUUUUCUGGAAGACUCCCCUGAGUUAUUUCACUACCUGAGUCAGUCAGGAUGUGUGAAGGACCGCAGUCUUGAUGACAAGCAGCUUUUUGAUGAUGUCAUGGAGGCUCUGAAGGACAUGGAGUUCACAGAGGAAGAGAUCAGAGAUAUGUUUAAACUGCUGUCUGGAGUUCUGCAGCUUGGCAAUGUGGAGUUCAUGACAGCAGGGGGUGCUCAGAUCACCACCCAACAGGUUGUCGCUAAUGUGAGCGAGCUCCUGGGUCUGGACAGUUUUCAGUUGUCUGAGGUUCUGACCCAACGUUCCAUGAUCCUCAGAGGAGAAGAGAUCUGCUCUCCUCUUACAGUGGAACAGGCAAUAGAUUCCCGGGAUUCGGUUGCCAUGGCACUUUAUUCUCAGUGUUUCUCGUGGAUCAUCAUGCGAAUUAAUCAGAAGAUAAAGGGCAAAGAUAAUUUCAAGUCUAUUGGAAUCUUGGACAUCUUCGGUUUUGAGAACUUUGAGGUGAACCGUUUUGAGCAGUUCAACAUUAACUAUGCUAAUGAGAAACUGCAAGAAUAUUUCAACAAACACAUCUUCUCUCUGGAGCAACUAGAGUACAACAGGGAAGGCAUUCACUGGGAAGCCAUUGACUGGAUGGACAAUGCAGAAUGUCUGGAUCUGAUUGAGAAGAAAUUGGGCAUGUUAGCACUGAUUAACGAGGAGAGCCGAUUUCCCAAAGGCACUGACUUCACCUUGCUGGAGAAACUGCAUGGCAGACACUCUACUAAUCCCUAUUAUGUGAAACCCAGACUGGCAGACCAUCAGUUUGGAAUAAAACACUAUGCUGGAGAGGUCUUGUAUGAUGUGAGGGGGAUUUUAGAGAAGAACAGAGACACAUUUAGAGAUGAUAUACUGAACAUGCUGAAGGAUAGUAGAUUGGAUUUCAUCUAUGACCUGUUUGAGCAAGUGAGCAGCAGAAAUAAUGAGGAGACCUUGAAGAUGGGCACGGCAAGAAAAAAGCCAACUCUCAGCUCACAGUUCAGAGACUCUCUUCAUGCCCUAAUGGCCACUCUAAGUGUAUCCAACCCCUUUUUUGUGCGUUGCAUAAAACCCAACAUGGACAAGAUCCCAAAUAAGCUUGACCCGGAUGUGGUUCUCAAUCAAUUGCGGUACUCUGGCAUGUUGGAGACAGUGAAGAUUCGCAGAGCUGGAUUCCCUGUCCGACGCACCUUUAAAGACUUCUUCAGCAGGUAUACGAUUAUCCUGAAGGAGAAGGAAAAGGCUGCUGUGGCUUCAAAUGGAGAUGAGAAAAAGAAGAGCACAGAUUUGCUGACACUCCACAGCAGGACGAAAAAGGAUUGGCAGAUUGGGAAGACCAAGGUGUUUCUGAAGGAACCCCUAGAACAGAAGCUGGAGAAGCAGAGAGAUAAAGAGCGAAGCAAAGCUGGACUGAUUAUACGAGCCUAUCUUCUGCGAUAUAUAGCAAGAAAGAACUUUAAGAAGGCUCUGGACAGCAUUGUGACCAUCCAGAAGAACUACCGUGCACAUCUCUAUCGACGUCGGUUUCAACGGAAACGCUCAGCUGCCCUUGUUCUCCAGAAACACAGGCGAGGGCAAGUGGCAAGAGGAGUCUUCCACAAACUACAAGAGGAGAAGAGGAAGAAAGAGGAGGAGGAAAGGAAAACGAAAGAGGAAGAGGAGAAGAAAACAGAGGGAGACCAUGAAAAGAGAAAUGAAGAGGAAAUGGAAGGAGGAAAAGGGGCAGCAGAGUUUAUCUCUUCCAUAGCUGGCUUGAUGAUCCCGUGGCGCAGGCGUUGGUGUGUUCUGAAGGACGAAACAUUCAUGUGGUUCCGCUCUAAACAGGAGUCGUUAAAGUCAGGCUGGCUGUACAAGAAGGGUGGCGGUCUAUCGACUCUCUCUCGCAGAAACUGGAAGAUGCGCUGGUUCGUUCUGCGUGACACCAAGCUCAUGUACUUUGAGAAUGACAGCGAGGAAAAGCUGAAAGGGACAAUUGAUAUCCGCUCAGCCAAGGAGAUUGUGGACAAUCAUGAGAAAGAGAAUGCUCUGAAUAUUGUGACAGAUGAGAGAACAUACCAGGUGUUUGCCGAGUCACCAGAGGAUGCCAGUGGUUGGUUUACCGUGUUGAGUCGGGUCCACAAUGCCACCCCAGAGCAGCUGCUGGAGAUGUCUCAUGAGCAGGCCAACCCAAAGAACGCUGUGGGCACACUGGAUGUUGGAUUGAUUGAUUCAGUUUGUGCUUCAGACAAUCCUGACAGGCCCAAUUCAUUUGUGAUCAUCACAGCCAAUCGUGUGAUCCACUGUAACUCCGACCUGCCGGAGGAAAUGCAUCACUGGAUCAGUCUGCUGCAGAAACCCAAAGGAGACUCCAAGAGUGAUGGACAGGAGUUUCUGGUCAGAGGAUGGCUGCACAAGGAGAUGAAGGCAGGAGCCAAAAGUUCUGCUCUCAAACUAAAAAAGCGCUGGUUUGUCUUGACAAACAACUCUCUGGACUACUACAAGUCUUCUGAACGUAAUGCAUCUAAGAUGGGCACGCUGGUUCUGAACAGCCUGUGCUCUGUGGUCCAGCCGGAGGAGAAAAAGUUUAAAGAGACAGGUUACUGGAACAUCAUAAUUCAUGGGCGUAAACAUUCAUACCGUCUGUACACCAAGAUGCUGAAUGAAGCCAUGCGCUGGGUGUCUGCCAUUCAGGGCGUCAUUGACAAUAAGGCGCCCAUUGAAACGCCCACCCAGCAACUUAUUAGGGACAUCAAGGAAAACAGUGUGAACACUGAGGCUGUGGAACUAAUGUAUCGAAGAAACCCCAUUCUGAGAUAUACCCAGCAUCCCUUACAUUCACCUCUUCUGCCACUACCAUACGGAGAGGUCAGCGAAAGCCUGCAAAAGGAGAAGGGUUAUGGAAGCCUGCAGGAUGAGGCUGUGAAGAUCUUUAACUCUCUUCAGGAAAUGGAGAUAGUUUCAGACCCUGUCGCCAUCAUCCAGGGCAUCCUGCAGACCUGCCACGAUCUGCGGCCACUGAAAGACGAGGUGUACUGUCAGCUGAUCAAACAGACCAAUCACGUGCCCCAACCCAACAGCCCUGCAAACCGCGCACACUGGCACCUGCUCACCUGCAUGAGCUGCACCUUCCUGCCCAGUCGCGCCAUCCUGCGCUACCUCCGAUUCCACUUGAAGAGAGUUAGAGAGCGCUAUCCUGGCACUGAGAUUGAGAAGUAUGCCCACUUCAUCGGUGAGUCCCUGAAGAAGACAAAGACCAGGGAGUAUGUGCCCUCUCAGGAGGAGAUCGCCGCCCUGCUGAACAGACAGGAAAUGACAACUACUGUGUACUGCCAUGGAGGAGGGUCUUGCAAGAUAUCCAUCAACUCUCACACCACAGCUGGAGAGGUUGUGGAGAAGCUGAUUCGUGGUCUGGCGAUGGAAAACAGCAGGAACAUGUUUUCUUUGUUUGAACACAAUAAGGUGGCGAGUCGGGCCAUAGAAAGCCGCGUAAUUGUGGCAGAUGUGCUCGCGAAGUUUGAGAAGUUGGCAGGUAGUGGAGAAGAGGAGGAGGAAGGGCCCUGGAGGCUAUAUUUCAAGCUCUAUUGCUUUCUUGAUGUGGAAAGCAUGCCCAAAGAGGGAGUAGAAUUUGCCUUCAUGUUUGAGCAGGCUCAUGAGAGUCUCAUCAGUGGACAUUUCCCAGCCCUUGAGGAAACCCUCCAGCACUUAGCAGCCCUGCGACUGCAGUACAUCCACGGUGACGUGGCCCGUACACCCUGGAGCCUAAGCAGCGUCUACCCUGUUGGACGACUUCGCACCCGCAUACUCCAGUCCACUAAAGCAGGGGGUGCUGGAGUACCCGGGGCUGGUAUAGUAGGGCCAGGAGGUCACACUUUAGAACGCCGGAAGACCAACUUCCUAGACGGGACGCUGAGACGCAGCUUCAAGACGGGAUCGCUGAAGAAACAGCGUGUCGAGGAGGAACAGAUGUUGGAGAUGUUUGUAAAGGAGGAGAUGUCAGCUACACUGACCAGCGUGCUGGAGAAAUGGAGCCGUCUACAGGGCAUGCCUCAGCACCAGGCCAUGCUCAACUACAUGACCAUCAUCAAAGAGUGGCCAGGAUACGGGUCCACACUGUUUGAUGUGGAGUGUAAGGAAGGAGGCUUCCCUCAUGAUCUGUGGCUGGGAGUCAGUGCUGAAAACGUCUCUGUGUACAAACGGGGUGAACCUAAACCACUCGAAACUUUCCAGUAUGAGCACAUUGUUUUCUUCGGAGCACCUCAGCCCAGCACAUACAAAAUCAUUGUUGAUGAAAGAGAGAUGUUCUUCGAGACGUCUCAGGUGGGUGAAAUCACUAAGAUCAUGAAGGCGUACAUCAACAUGAUUGUCAAAAAGCGCUGCAGUAUCAUGUCCAUCACCAGCAACAGCAGCACCUGGAUGAGGUGAUCGACAACAUAAUGUGUCCAGCAACAUAAUGUGAUGAAAGUGAAGUAUACGGCUGACCGUUACUGACCGGAGAACGAGAAGCAGAGAAGAAACAGACUUCAUCUCUACAACGAUUUAACUUAACCUACUGGAAUCCUCUGUAUACCUGUCCUAAAUACAACAGCACACGUUUAUUGCGUAUUUAUCGGACCAGUUUCACCUUUACGAAGCACAACAAAGCUUGGUAACCUGCUCACUGUUCCCUCCCCUCACUGCCAGCACCCUGAAUGAUGACCAAACGUUUCUUCUCCAUUUCAUUACCUUCUCUCCAUCUUCAGUUUUCAGUCAGUGAUGUAGUACCUAACCGACAACCACCUAUGACUCCGUAUACCGGUAGUUUUACAGAGGUGUGUAUAUUGUGCUUGUGUGUGAGAUCAGAGUUUGCACGCACACACACACAGGUGAAUGCUUUGUGGAGGACAUACAGAGCCAUUUUGUAAAGCCAUGACUGCUGGAGGCCGUUCAGAGAGCAGGAGGAGAAAGCUAUGCGUUAACAUUCCCAUACAUCUCAAUGGCAGCUGCUCAGCUGGCGCAGGACACCCCAGAAGUUGAAUUCUGCCAUCUUUGCUCAUGGCCCCUCAAUUUCACAAA